AUGCCACCCCCCUGGCACCACCACCAUCCCCCUCCCCGCAACCCACCGCGGCAGCCAAGCAAGAAAUGCCCCACCGCCCCACCACCACCACCACCUCCACCUAUUCCCACCCAACCUCCCUCGCACCCUCACCGAAACCCACCGCCGCAUCGAAUCAAGAAACGCGCCUCCGCCCCACCACCACCACCACCUCCGCCGCCGCCACCUAUUCCCACGAAACCCCCCUCCCACCACCACCCUCACCCAUCAAGAAACCCCCUCCGCCCCACCACCGCCGCAGAAGCCCCGUCGCCACCACCAACCGCGGCGGAGGCGAAUCAAGACACGCACCUCCGCAACAUCCUGGACGCCCUGGUGGGCAGCGGCGACUACGGCGGGUGGGCCAACCUCCUGUCCUCCGCCAACCCCGCCGACCUCCCCCUCACCGCCACCCUCUUCGUCCCCUCCAACGACGCCCUCUCCGCCCCCCUCGACCCCCUCCUCGUCGCCUACCACAUCGUCCCCCAGCGCUUCACCUUCUCCCAGCUCCGCCGCCUCACCCCCACCCGCCUCCCCACCCUCCUCCCCUCCAACUCCAUCCUCCUCGCCGGCAACUCCCCCGACAACUUCACCCUCGACGCAUCCCACAUCACCCACCCCGACAUCUUCCUCAACUCCGCCUUCGCCGUCCACGGCCUCGAUCGCCUCCUCAACUACUCCGUCUACGGCAGCAGCCGCCCCCUCUCCCUCGCCCCGGAGAGCGGCGACGACGUCGACGUCAGCCUCCAGAGGAGGCCCCGGCCCCACCCGCCGAAGCCGAGGCGGUCGCCGCCGCCGCCGCCGGGGAGCUGGGUGCCCGACAUUCCGGACGUAACCGCCCCAGGGCCAAAGGCCGGCGCGUGGCGCGCGUGCGGUGGGAUUCCGGCGGUUGUGAUUUCUUGCUUUUUUGUGUUUUUCAGAUUCAUGGUUCGUUGA